GUGGAACUGUGAGAGGAGGAGAAGAGAUGAAAGGAUCAGAUUUGACUCAUCAAAAAAUUGACCAACAGAGUGACACAGAAGGAAUGGAUGAGGACUCUGCGAGUGACCAGAGUUUUGAUCCCAGCGAUUCUGAUUGGGAGCCCAUACUGCCAAGGUGCAAAUCCCCCACUGAAGCUGGUCCAUCUGCCCGGCCAUCAAGAGGUGUGGAGCCGGUGACAAAGAAGCGGAGGAAGGAAAGUGUGGAACCUGCUGGCAGUGCGGAGGAGGGUCGUUGGCACUCUGUGCUGGAGGAGGAUGUGGCCCCACCGCCUCCAAUUUUCAGACCAAAGAGGCCACCAGGUCCUCAGCUGGCCAUGACCUCUAAGUACAGCCCCAUGCAACUUUUUCAGCUGUUUUUCACCUCGGCAGUUGUUGAUUCCCUGGUGUUGAACACUAAUAAGUACGGAGCUAAGAAGCAGGAAGGCAAGAAAGAGACAUGGAAGCCCAUUUCCAGGUCAGAUCUUUUUUGUUUCAUGUCUAUGGUCAUGUACAUGGGUGUUGUGAAGCUAAAAACCCUGAAGGACUACUGGAAAACUGCUCCCCUCUAUCAACUGCCUUUCCCAUCCACUGUCAUAUCAUGCAAAAGGUUUCUGACAAUCUCAGGGGCGCUUCAUAUCAGUGACCCAGAAGUUGAUAAGGACAACGAGACGAAGCGAGGCACGGCGAGGUUUGAUAAGCUCUGCAAAAUUAAACCUCUCUACCUCGACAUCAUUGAGGCCUGCAAAACCUAUUUUCAGCCUGCCCAGAACCUUUCCAUAGAUGAGAGGAUGGUAGCCUCAAAGGCCAGAAAUGGCCUAAAACACUACAUGCAUAACAAACCGACUAAAUGGGGUUACAAACUGUUUGUUUUGGCCGAUUCUGCGUGUGCAUACACAUGCAAUUUUUUUAUCUAUGAGGGGAAGAACAGUUGUGCGACCGGUAAGAGACUUAGCUAUGACUCCGUUAUGCAGUUAUUAGAUUUUCAGCUGCUAGGGAAGGGCUACAAACUGUUUGUGAAUAACUUUUACACAAGCCCUACCCUGUUCACAGACCUGAGGAAGCUGGAGAUGUGGGCCUGUGGCACCAUUCAGACCAACAGAGUGGGCUUUCCGAAAACCAGGGUGAACGACAUGCCUAAGCAGGCUGAGCGGGGUACCAUGAGAUGGAUCCGUGAAGAUGGCCUGCUGUUUGUGAAGUGGAUGGACACCAGAGAGGUGGCACUGUGCUCCACUAUCCACAAGUCCUUCAGUGGUGAUCACGUCGUCAGGCGUGUGAAGGACGCUACAGGGGCAUGGACCACCAAAAAUGUCCCCAUUCCUGCAGCCAUCAAGGACUACAACAAGAGCAUGGGAGGUGUGGACCUGUCAGAUGCGCUGAUAGGAUACUACAAUGUUCUCCACAAGACAAUGAAAUGGUACAAGACAUUUUUCUAUCAUUUCAUUGACAUUGCUGUGGUGAAUGCCUUCAUCCUCCAGAAGGAAAUGGCUAAGAGCUGUGGACAGCCCCCCAUCUCACAGCUAGCCUUCAGAGAGCUGCUCAUCCAGGAGCUUGCUAGCUACAGCAAGUCCACUGUAGCACCUUCUGUCCCCUCUACGUCUGUCCCCUCUGCUCCAACUAGUAGUGUUCACCUGCCCAGAUUCAUCUCUGCAGACAUGAAUGUGCCUCGGGGCAAAAAGGGCACAGUAGGGAGACGUUAUUGUUUUCUGUGUCACAUGAAAUGCCCCAUUAUCUGCACCAGCUGUUCAGUAACCCUCUGCUUUACAGCAGAAAGAGACUGCUAUUGGGCAUGGCAUCAGAAGAACAAUAUUGUGUAGAGGACUGAGGGUCUUCACAAUAUUGUACAUUAUACAUUGAAUGUGCGUAAAUAGUUACCCUUGUUAUUU